AUGGUCCUCGUGGACUACGGUCCUGGUGGACUACGGUCCUGGUGGACUACGGUCCUGGUGGACCAAGGGCCUGGGUCUUCUCCAUCUGGUCACUCCGCAGUUUGGAGAAGAAAACUGGACGUCUUUUCGGACACAACGACGGGGCAGGACCUGCUGGAUAUCGUCUUCAGUCACCUCAACCUCAUGGAGACAGCUUACUUCGGCCUCCGCUACCUCGACCCUUCCAACCAAACUCACUGGCUGGACCCGGCCAAGAAGGUGGUAAAGCAACUUAAAGCUUUCCGUUGGAGGCACAGAGGAACGUCUCCCUUUACACUGUACUUUAGUGUAAAGUUCUACGCAGCUGACCCGUGCAAGCUGGUGGAGGAAAUCACUAGGUACCAGUUCUUCCUGCAGGUGAAACAGGACAUCCUGCAGGGCCGGCUGCCUAUAUCCCAGGACCUGUCCGCAGAGCUUGGCUCCUACGCUGUUCAGUCUGAGCUUGGAGACUACGACCCACGGCGUCACUCCCCUGGCUACGUUUCCGAGUUCCGGUUCAUCACCACUCAGACGGUCGCCCUCGAGAACAAGAUAGCCGAACUCCACAAGAAGCUUGUAGGUCAGGUGCCAUCCAAGGCGGAAAUGUGCUACCUGGAGAAAGUCAAGUGGCUCGACAUGUACGGCGUCGACCUGCAUCCUGUCCUGGGAGAAGACAACAUAGAAUACUUCUUGGGUCUGACUCCUUCAGGAGUAAUUGUACUCCGGAACAAAGCUAAGGUCGGCAACUACUACUGGCCCAGAAUAUCCAAAGUGUACUUCCGUGGUCGCUUCUUCAUGCUUCGUGUACGAGACAAGAAUAAUUCUGAGAACACUUAUGGGUUUGAGACGCCAAGUAAGGCAGCAUGUAAGCACUUGUGGCAAUGCUGUGUAGAGCAUCAUGCAUUCUUCAGGCUGACACAGGCCUCGGGCAACUCUCCAGCUGCUAUCUUCUCCCUCGGCUCCAAGUUCAGUGGUCGAACAGAAAAGGAAGCAGUACAAGAUGCUAAGCUAGGCUCACGGACACAACCAGAGUUCACCAGAAUGCCCAGUAGGAGGUACCAGCGGCGUAUUGUUGAGGGUGCACAGGACAAGGCUUUCCGCUGCUGGAUAAUAACAAAAGCUCCACGUGUGGAGGAUGUAGAAGUGAAGCCUGAGACGCGCAACACCAUACAGUUGCCUACGCCUGUUGCUACAGUAUCACACAUGUAUCGCAGCACUUCCAUGACUUUAGCACCUCGUAGUGAUUCCCCCCGUAGCACUCGCUCGGCACCUUACCCAGCUGGUGUGACAGCUGGUGGCACAGUCACACUUAUAGGAGGAAGAAAUGGAGAACACAGGUCUCGAGGAGAAUCGCCUAGGUCUGUCCACUCUGCAACCCCUGCGUCUCACACCUAUGGGGUGUCUCGGCGAACCUCCAGUGUAGAUAGCCAGUCUUCUGUGGAUUCUCGAGGUCACCGCAGGCACAGGCGGAGUCGUGGGCGAUCAUCUGAUGGAGAGAGUGAGGCUAGCAGUAAAUGCUCUUCUCGAGGGCAUCGUCGCCAUCGCCAUCGUCAUCAUUCUGACGAUUCAGACCAUCACCGUCACCGCCAUCGCCGUCGAAGGCAUAAAUCAGGUGGUAACAUGGUAAACAGUGAUACCCAGUGGGCCCAGGUGCAGGCAGGCGAGGUACAGGUUCGGGGCAGCACAGCCACUGUGCGGGAUCUUUCUCAUAAAAGUGGCUAUCAGCCUUCAGGUGUUGAUACUGAAGCUGACUCCCACCAUCACCAACAUUCCAACAAAAAGCGACACAGGAAACACAGGUCUCGGUCUAGGUCUCCAUCUGAAGUGAAAAAUACAAGACUGCCAGAUGAGCUUCGGCGACACCUGGAGUUUGAUCUGCAGAAGACACAAGGCCUGACUGAGGCAGAGUUAAAGGAGAUCCCUUACACUAAGGUAGAAACUGCUAAGACCAUUAAGAUUAAGUACACUUCUCCAAAGACCAAGCGACACAAAAGUCCUCGACGUUCUAAAAGUAACUCCAGUGAUCGUAAGGCUACUCCCCCAGCUGAUGGAGAAUCUCCUCCACCACCAUAUACUCCCUCACCUGCCAGCAAGACAAAUACAUUACCCAAAGCCAGUCAUAAGGACAAUUCGGAUGAAGUAACUGGUGCAAGAACCCCUGAUGGAAGUGGCAUGGUCAGCAGCAACCUGCGUCCCCCUGGCCCAAGGUCUGUUCAAGCACCUGUCUCUCGUGUAAAAUCCUCUGAAAGUCACUCUUCAGGUGGUAACAGUACCAGAGGUUCAGGUGGGGACUCUCCAGGAGUAUUUGGAAGCCACAGUGACUCUGGAAAUAGCAGUGGGGCAGCCAAGACUUGUGCAUCCACCUCAACCAGCACGUGUGCCAGUUAUGGCUUCACAAGCAGCUCUUCCCACAAACCAGUGAUGGUUAAUGGCCCAAGUGUGAAGGCGUUGGUGACUAACAGUGCUAAUGGAUCCUCCCCAACUCUCGGCCAUGAAGCAUCUAGCCCUGAUUCCUCGGCCUUCAUGGAGGAAACUAGUGGAGGCUUUGUAUCAAGCAAUGGCUAUAUGCCAUCUUCAGCUGCUGUACUGAAAAAUGUCACAAAUGAGAGGGGAUCUCACUUUACAGCUGUUUUAAAACCACAGCCAAGUCCACAGUCAUCGGUGACCUCUGGAAUCAGCGUUGGUAGCUCCAGUAGAUCUGGAUACACAUCAGCUGCUCCAAAACCAGGAUUUCACUCGAGUCCCAGUUCUGUUGGACUUACACCUCUUUCUUCAUCUGUGAAUGCCUCACCUGCUCCUUCAGCCUCUUCUGUUACUGGUUGUGGAAGCUCAACUUUACCUCGGCCUUCAAGCAACCAACCUCUUACUAGAACAACUGGCUCUCAGACCAAUACCUUACGUACCAAAGCCUCGCAAACUAACCAUUCUAACCCGGGUCCCAGGGCUUCUAGCAAACCCCAAUCCUCCAAUAAAGCAGCAGAAAUGAGUCAAGGCAUCCAGACAACAAAUGGGACUAACCUAGCCCAUUCUGCCCUGCACUGGAAGGUGUAUAACUGGGAUGCAUACAGGGAAGAGGCAGACUGGUCUAAUUCACUAGGGCGCAGCAUCAAAGGUCAAGGACCAGAGGGUAAUCAACACAUCGGGGGUGUGGGCGGGCAUGCGCGGAGGGGCAGUGCAGGCAGCUUGGAGCUCAUCCUCGGGCCUCUCAUACAAAGUGCCCUUCAGUAAGUAUCAGGUUAGGAAG